AUGACGCUAUUCAAAGCUCCAGACGUGACUAUGCGAAAAACUCGAAACGAUGCUUGGCUCAAGAAAGUCGGCGGCAAGCGUCUUGGUGGUCCUCGACAGCUCUGGGGGGACUACUGGCGUCGAUUCAACACCAUGCAAAUCCCGAUCCUGGGCGAAGAUGAAUACUUCAAGACUGCAACAGAAAUAGCAGAAGUUGCUGCCAAUGAAGAGGAGUUUGAAAAUCUCUUCAUGAAAAGGAACCAACAGCGGCAGGAAGAGCUAUUGGAUUUGACUGCCGACAUCACCAGAGCUAUUGCUUGGGAUAAAUGUCAAUUUCCAUGCUCGGCCGCUAAAGGUGCAGCUCGCAAAGCCGGCACAACGGGCUGUUUUGAGUACUUUGUGUCUCUCUUACGAGGCAACGUUCUCGGUUGGGAGGCGGACGAAGCAGGAGAUGAUGUGCCGAAUAACGCUAUAGCUGACUCUGGAGAAGAGCCGAAAAAGCCAGAUGACAAAGAGACGCAAAAGCCCUAUGGCAAAGAGGUGCAAAGCUUUGGCGACUACAUUUAUAAAGACUACAUGUAUAGAGGUCGUAUGGGCCAUUGGGGUUCUCCUUCGCCUUAUUCCUCCAUGGGUAGAACACAGCGUUGGGGCGACAUUGAUCAUUUCUACGCAGGAGAAGAUCUUGACGCUUAUGCCAAGUCAAGAAGAGGGUUAAGGCAAGAGCAAGGAUACAGAGAGCAAAGAGCAACAGACAUACAGGAGAUUAAUUCAUCCGACAAGGAAGACAUGAACCAUCACGAAAAUGAUCGUUGGCUAUUGAAUAGCCCUUAUAAUAACGCCUCAGCAUCUCACAGCUUCUUUCCUGCUCAUGGGAUUGCCAAUGGAGCUGCGGCUGUGGAGAAAUCCAGGCCCGCCAACGAUAGCCUUAUCCGCAAGCAUCGGAGAUCAGAAAGCCCAGCAACUGCAGCAUCGCCAAACGCCUCUUCUAUAAAGCAGACUACUCCUGGGGGCUCGAAGAAGGGGGUAAGAUUCCAGGACGAUGAUGACGAUGAUGAUGAUGAACGUGAACAUAAACGCCAGCGAACGCAAAGCCCAGUACCCACACUACAUGUACCAAGCGACACUCCCUCAGCACUGGGUGCCGCUGAAAGCUCGAUGAAGAGACGCAGGUCUGACAGCGAUGAGGAUGACGAUGAGGAUGACGUUGAUCGCGGACGCAAGCGCCAGAGAAGACAAAGCCCGGCCCCUGCUAUGCCUCCUGCCAGCUCUUCUGUACAACAGUCUGCUGUUGCGAACCCCGAAAAGCGAUCCGGAAUCAGCGACGGCGAUGAUGACGACGAAGAUGAUCAGGACGAAGAUGGCCAGAGACGGAAGCGGCAGAAGAUGUAA